AGAGAGUGAGCGGGUUUUAGAGAGAGAUUUACUUAUUUUACAUGUAAAUUAUUCUUAUAUUAAUAUUUAGCUAUUUAUUAGAGAGUAGUAGAGAGAAUGAGCUAGUUUAGAGAUAGAAUCUGUACAUAUCUUACAUGUAAAUUAUUCGAAUAUCAAUAUUUUAGCUAUUUACUAUUUUAUUUAAACUAUUUUGUUGUGUCCUUACUUAGUGGUUUCAUUACUGCUAUUUUUUAUAAUUGACACAUGAAUAAAGUUAUUAUUAUUAUUAUUAUAGUCUUAUUAAUUCUGGUAGUACAUCAUGUCUGUUAAAAAAUACCCCACUAUGAAAGGGUCUCAGUUAUAGCCGUCGUUAUUAUCGAAGUUAGCCUCGUAUAAACUUUUUAACAAUACCUCACCACGAUUAUUUUUCCUUGUAUAUCUUUUCAUCUAGACUAAGCACUUUGCGAGUAUAUUACCGCACUUAUAGUAUGUCCUUUAGAGAGUCCCUGUCUCAGCAAAGGGUCUGAAAUCUGACUUGCAAUGCAUGUCUUAAAGCUCAAUGUCGCAAUGCUCAGAUUCACGUUUUUCUUUGCCCCCUUUUUUUCCCCAUUCACCUUCUCGAGAUUAAAAAAUCUUUUUUUCCCAUUAUUGAGCUGAAGUUUCAAAGAUCUUACUUUUUGAACAGAAGCGACUGUCCAUGAUUCUCUUCGUGCUCAUUAUGGCUCUUAGUUUAGCAAAUGGGAUUGAAAGCAUAACAACUGUACUAAAACAGGAAGGGAAAGGUAGUGGGUCCAAUACUGUCCUACUGAAUCAAAUCUAACGGAAUUUAUGGAUGCAAAGAAGACGCAAAGAUUCGUUAGGGAAAAUUAGAUCUUAACGAUCCUAAACGCUCUCCCAAAACAUUAGAAAUGAAAAUCAAUCCGGUGCUAUGAACAUUUCGGCUCUAAGACUUGUCUCGGACACCUGAUCAACCAGAAAGGCAAACUUUAAACGGCGAGAAGAGAGGUAGAUAAAACGGGGACCAAAGGUGGCAACUUACGCACUCAAUUGAGGUGUAAAUGAUGUUCACGGCGUUAUUUGUAUAAGGAAAGAAGAAGGUGAUUCUGAGUAAGGGCAAGGUGGGGGAUGCGCUAAAAACAAGAGCAACGAGCAAUGAGAGUGAAGGACUACUGUUGAUCUUGCUAAAUUUCUUUGCACUUUUUCUUAUUUCAUGCCUAGGGUAAAACGUUAUUUGUCAAUUCAGGAUUACAGAGAUGAGAUCGAUUCAGAGCAUUUCAGUAAGUUAUAACAUUCUUUUUAAUCAACAAGUGUGGCUGUCGUUGGUAUUUAAGAUUUCCCAACACCAACGCAAUGACGAUAAUCAAAUGAGAGAAAACCAAAGAAAACCAGGACCAAAGGUGCGAACAAUCGAUUAAAGCGAAAAUGAAGUUCACGCAAUUUAUACAAGAAAAUAAGGUAAUUGGGAGUAAGGGUGAACUGAGCAGUGAAGGCGUAAUAUUAGACAAUGCACCAAAGGUGGAGAAAUUAAUAGGGGAACACUGUAUUUAACCAUUAUUGGUGAAAUAUCUUAGUUCCACCGGUAAAUUCUGUGAACCCAAGAAUAACUUUCUGAUCGUGUAAACUGGUCGUUUGGGCUAGAGUAAUCCAGAGAAGACUGUCGUCAUCACUGUUAUCAAAGUCAAUUGACUUUAAUGAGGACUUCCGCCUAUUUUGUCGAAUUGUCGGUCAUUACUAAUGUGUCACUCUGAAAAUGGUUAUUAGAUGGUUAUCAAAUGGUUUUUGAUCGCUUAAGAGAGUUCCCUCUUUCGACAGAACAACAUUACUAAUAAAAAACAGACUGAAAUGUUUAUCUGUAUUGUCACGGAGUUAGGACAAAGAAAACAUCUCCGAGUCCCCAAAAGAGAUCGAAACUUACACCUGCAGAUUCCAUGCUCCGAAGCUCUACCAUUGAGCCGCGUAGACUCAAUGGUGAGCGAGGCCAUCACGAGAACCAAUAAUUCCCAAAUGUCCAAAGCUUGUGACAUUUCUCUAAACAAUCGCUAUCGGGUCGGAUAAUAUGAUGAUAAAAUCAUUGUUUGUUGACAUCUAUAAGCUUACGUGUCAACCUAUAGUGAAAAUACCCUUUUACAGUGAGAAAAGGCUUUCUCGGUAAGUACAAAGGGCCAAGAAGCAAAAACCGUGGAAAGGUUUCAAUUGUCAGACUAAGAAAUUUGGUAAAUGAUGAACGAUACUUACUGCUGAAGGAAACGGAAACGAAGCAGAAGCGAUGAGCAGUCAAUCGUGUCUAUUUCAAGAUAUGCAAUUCCACGGCUGGAAUGGAAUGGGUCUUGACUAAGCAUUCUACAAGAACUAAGUAAGUUACGAAGUAUUUUGAAAGAACCAAGCAAGUUACGCGAGUGUCGUCUCGAGCUUAGCUGGAAAACUAUUAACUCCCUCUAAAUCUUGUAUGAAAUAUUGCCAAAUAUCUAAUGAAAUAGCCUCUCAAGUAUAGAGUUAUGGAGCCAGAGAUUUCAACCCUUUGAAAUAUAAGGGAGAAGGUUGGACACGAGCAAGAAAAAAUCGUGCUAAAAAUACUGUUAGUGAAGCAGAAAAUAACAUUUUUAUUUGUUACCGGAAAGGGAAAAAAUACAAAACAAAACAAAAGCAAUCAAAGGGCUCUUGGAGCCAGCUCAUUCAUAUCAUGGCUUAAGUUUAUAUUGAUUUCUUGGACUUCCUGAAUAUAAGUAAAGUUGAAGUCGGUUUAUGUGAUUUUUUAAGACUUAUAGAAUAAAUUUCUUUUAUUUUGGGGGCAUUUGUAUGAUAAGAAAACGUGUGCAUUCUUCGCGAUGGGAAUUGGAAAAAAGCCGUUGUGUGGGCUGGAGGUGGGAUGAGUAGAGUGUCCUUUUUGUUGGUGUGUGUGUGUGUUUGUGAGGCGGGGGGGUGGGCCGGUGGUCAUAAUCAGGCAUCAAAUGUUGCUCUAACAACAAAAUAUUAGUAACCCUCAUCUUUCACAAUCAUUUGCACUAUUAUGAAACAUUCCUUGCCCGUUUCAUGAUGUCUCUUGUUUUUAAAAAAGUGGUCACUGCAUUUGAUUUUAAACAAAGCGGCCACAAUCGUUCUUAAUAGAAUUUUAAGCCUUCAUGCAGUCUGAUUUUCACAUAUUAAUAUUUGCGUAGUCACCAAACAGAUGAGGGAUAAAACUACCAGAAAAGUAAACAAAUGGCCGGUCAAGAAAGCAACGCUUCGCUUUUCCCUGUAGAAAUUAGGUGUGAACAUUUCGGCUUCUCGAUACAAGUUGCAUUUUUAGAAGUUCGGAAACGUGAUUUGAGGUUAUUAUUUUUAUUAAACCAUACAAACAUUUUAUUUCUUUCCACGUGAGUUUUUGAGCUUCAUCGAAAUUUAAUUUUGACUUUCACUAAGUGGGGGCGGGGUAACACGCGAAACUACUUCCGUUCACGGUCCACAAUGCAACUUCCGUUUACGAAAUACAACUUCCAUUCACGGUCGACAACUUGCUUCAACAUCUUCUUCACCACAAUACCUCAUUCAUAGCUUCCAGCAUGAAUAAGCUAAAAAGGAAGAGCAUUGGAAAAAACAAUCCCCGAAAACAGGAGCUUUUCGUCCAAACGGAAAGGUUGGAAUCAGAGUGCUGAAUUUCAAUUAAAGACAUUUACGUCCUUCACUACUUUUUAAUGUCCAGUCCUAACGGAGAGAGGAAAAAUAGCGCUUUAUAUACAUCUUAGAAAAAAAUAUACGUCUUAGAAAUCAAAAGAACUCUGCCUCAAGCGUGCAAAGAGUGGUUUGAUUCUCAGUCCACAUGUGUACUACGCUAUCCGGACUUAUGUUUGCUUAUUUUGAUAAGCUGGACGAGUUCCAAGGAUGCCAGAGCAAAGAUUGCAUUACAUCUUAACUUGCAUACUUAUUGACGAGAUAAUUUACAUCGUGGAUCUCUUGGGAGGUACGAUUUAGCCUGUUUAAUCUUUCCACAAUCCCAAAGUAUGCGACCCUUCCACUGUAGAGUGCCAAAUUUUCCUCAAAAUUUUCCUAUCUCCAUAGUAAAGAGCUGAACAUAUUUAGAGAAGAAAAAUAUACUGGCUGUGUCAACAAAAUCGCUGUUGAUGAUUAUUUGACCUGUAUCUUUAUGGGUGUUAAAAGCCUCCGAUCCAAACAAACAUGUCAGUGAAAGCUUUCGUUAACGUGGGCGAAUCUCUAACAAGCGGACCUUUGCAAAGGAAAUAAACACAGUCACAAGCCUUUUACAAUUUUUGUUGGAGUACUGAGGCACCUAAUUUACUGAUCUUCGUUGUUAGGUUUUUAUGCGGGUCGUGGGUUCUUUCUUAUAAAAUAAAAGGUAUGGUUAUGCCCCGUUGAGAAUAAAACGGCAUAUUCAUACACCCACUGAGAACUUGAGCUGUUUUUUGACCGUUCCACAUAACCAUUGAAUUUUUGCUUCAGAUAACACAGGCAACCCAAGCUCGCGUCUCGAGUAGAAGCAAACGAGUAAUUCAUGAAAGCGUCACGAGUUGUGUGACUCAGUGUUAAGUUACGAAAGGAACCUUUGAGAAUUUUGAACACGUUACAAGGAACAUCAUGAGGAGCGAACUUACGCACAUCUUGUUUGUCCAUCGUAGUUUCUGGCGAUAACUGCCAUUUCAAGCUUGCUCUGCUGUCACUGUUAUUCCUGUCAAAACACCAUGUCACUUACUCUCCAGACUACAUUGUAAUGAAGGCUAAUUCGCCCAAAAUUUUAAAGUAAAAGCUAUGAUUUGGAAUUGAUAAAAAAGACAGCCGGAGCGUUGAGUUACGAUAUACGUGGUAGAUUGGCGCCUGAAAAAGCUGCCUGACGGUUCAAUUACCGGAUUGUAACAUAGUAAUCCUUGACAAACAACCGAAAUCAUCCAGAGCGUCCCAUGCCCACUUCUCGAAAAAUGAUACUUUUUGUAGGUUGGAGUAUAAAACCAGUAAUCCAAGGAAGCUUUAACAGUACUUUCCCGGAGCUCUAAGGACAGUCAAGGUAAGAGCCCGGCUCACACGCGGCAAUUGAUUAUAACUUUCAUCUCUCUCCACACUAACCCUAAAUCCCACUUUACAGAGCUGAACAAAAUCUUUCCUCUAAACUUACUCUGAGCUUUCUUCGCUUUAAGAAUUCGUCAGUUCUUACCUGGUUCGUAUUUUGUUUCUAAGUCUGUGGUAUGUAACCUAACAUGGAAUCAUUAGAAUUAACAUGGCGACAUGCCACGCAUCUUUUAGUCUGGUUUGCGUUGUUUACCAAGUAUUUGACAACGAAAAAGAAAAUUGGGGUCAGUGUUUUUCAGAACAUUAAUGCACUUAUCAGGCACCUCGUGACAUACCUUUCCAUAAAUGGGUAUUUUGAUAGACGAUUAAGACGUCUUAAUCUGUUGAGUAAGAAGGAGAAGAUGAAAGAAAAAAAUCGCCGUCGAAGCUAAUCAAUGAUAUUCGCUGAGUUUUUGUGGAAGACUAGCUACCACAAUAAGCAAGUCACCAAAAGUCACGGUGUAUGAUUUCAUAAGCUUCUGUUUCUAAUGCUGCUGCCAGUACAAAGGCUACAUUUAUGUACAAUUAGCGCCCAAACUUGUCCGUGUUUUCCAGACUACAAAGGCUGUCCAAAGCUUAUUUCUUAAUUGACACACAGUAAAUGUUAACUCGAAAAAUCAAAAAUAGAGCAAAAAGAUAUAAAAAAUAUUGGUAAUGUAACUGCAUGAUAUUCUUAAAAAAGAAAGUUAUCAAACUGAGCGAAUAUAAUCUAUUUACUAUAAUCAACCUAGCUCACCAUAAUCAUGUUACUACAGUCAACUCAGUUUGACCCUAUUCGAUUCUGUGUUUUUUUUUUGUUUUUGUUUGUUUGUUUUUUUUUUGGUUUUCUUUCGUUCUUUCCAUGUUUUUGAAAAAAAUUUCAACGAUUUGACCGUUAUUACGUUCCUCGGGCGUCAGCAAUUUUUCUCAGCCACUUGUGUUAAAAAAAGAGAUUAUGAUCAUGACGAUGAAAUUUCACUAUUUUAAGAAUGCUACAUUUUUUUCAUUAUUACGCGAUCAAUAUUCCUUGCAGGCUAUUUGAACAAGACUCACAGAUACUCGCUAACGUGUACUGAUGGGAUUCAAUACUUGGCCAGAUGAUCUUUCUAAACCUAUUCUGGUGGUCCUUAUAGUGACGAGCGCUCUCUUGAAUCUCCCUUAAGCCACGGGCAUGAAUUGCAACACUAAACUUACCAGUAAGUAGUGGAGGUAUUCUGGGUUUUUCUCGGACUGGCAAUCUAUCUUUUUAAGCUCAGAAUAGCCGCUGCCAAACUCUUUAUGUUACAUAUGUUAAUAGACCAUCUUUCUCCCUCCUCCAGUAAUACCUGAUGUAGAGAUUUCCAUAAAUCCACCAAGGCACGAACUAUCUGUGGGUACUGCGGUUAACCUAACUUGUUCGGCGCAGCCCAGGAGUAUUGAUGCAGGAUAUUACGAUCGAUGGACCGAGUAUACUCAGUGGUACGAUCCACAGGACAAGCCAACUGGAUACAGAUGUGUACAGGGUAGACACAUGGUGUUAAAACAUAGAUGCACAUUAAUGAUCGAAAAACUGACGGCAAAUCAACUUGGAAGCUACACGUGUGAAGCAGAAAAUGGUUAUCGUGCACACUGCAGGAGAGAAUCAGUCGAAAUUCGUCCUGAAGGUAAAUAACAAAGCAGGACAAAGAUCAUGAAAAAUAUUUGAGUAUGACGGGUCGAGUAAAAAAAACGAAAAGAAACAACUCUAUCAGCAGUCCAUCACGUCAUGUCAAAAUGAGAUUUUUAUUAUUAGCUGUAAGUUUCUUGGGUGUUGUUAACGACCUAAAGCCACAAAAUUUUAAUUCUUUAUUUACGGAAUAUUGUAAAAAAAAUAUGGCUACAUAAAAUUUGAUGGAAAAUAACUCGAGAGGGCAUUUUCGCUCUUGAUCUCAGUGUCUAAUAACUAAAUGUCUGACCUUUUCUUAUGUAUUACGCAAGCUGUUGACGAUACAACAGAACGAGUGUUAGGGGGGUCUAGACGCCAUCUUCACUUGAACCAACCCUUAACAACCUUCAAUGUUAAAAAUCCUUUAUGUAUCUUUGUUCUCACAAAAAUAAACUUUAACGACUGUCUCAAUUUUGUUCUACAGGAGCCCAGAACAUUCAAAUUAUUGAAUAUCCAAAGAACCAAAGUGCUUUUAUCAAUUCCAACGUAAUUUUCAACUGCACUGCCACCGGUAAUCCCAGGCCAACCAUCUCUUGUGAAGAACGAUGAUCCACAAGCUUUACAAACCAACCCAAGGGUAAAGGAGAAGGUUCUUUUGUUAGACAACAAAACCGUUCGCAGUCAGCUCUUGUUAACAGGAACUAAGAUGGAAGACAUUGGCACAUACCACUGCGUGGCUCAUAACAGCGCCGGAGAAAGGGUAUCAACUGUGUCUUCCUUAUUAAUAGAGGAUUUAGGGAAGAGGCAUUCAUCUUUUGCACCUGAAAAUGACAAUUUAUUCUUAAAAACUGUGCCGAUGAUUUAUCCGAAAAGCUUUAUAAGUUUGUCUCGUCAAAAGGAAGGUUAUGAAACAAAAUUACCAAAAGUCACCGUACAAAAUGAAAAGAAAAGACAAAAAAUUGAAGAGGAAGGCAUAAAUGGACUUGAAAGGGAGAUUUAAUGACAGCAACAACUUAGGAUCGUUCCUGCUUUAAAAUAUGAGAAAUAACUGCUGAUUUAUCACUUACCAACUACCUUUGGAAAUAGGAAGGACUCGUUUCCAGUUAUUUAAUUGCCUUAAGCCACUCCUUAGGCGUGUCUUCCUUCCUUCUAGUCUAUUUGCAAGAGAGUUUGCGAACCUGCAGCUAUCAUAGCAACAAUAAUUACCUCAUUGUCAUUCCUCAGAGCUGCAACCUAUUCAAAAUGUGGAAGAUCUCACGAACCAAGGCGUUGUUGUCGGUUUUAGUGUAACUUUUAUCUGCACCGCCAAGAGUCAUCCCAAGCCAAGCAUCUCAUGUACAGGGGGCAAUGAUCGGCAUUCAACGCAAUCCACUCCAGGGACCAACUUCCACCCAUCAGGCACUCAAACUGUAACUCAAGUUGUUGAAGAUCGGUGAAACCUAAGUGUUGUCAUCGGUUCUGACGUUACUUUGAAUUGUAUUACAACUGGUCAUCCUCAGUCAACCGUCAGGUGGAUCAAGAACGACAAUUCAUAUGAUGUCCAAUCUACUUUAAGGACAAUGAUCACUGGAGAUCGACGUGACCAAAACACUCAUUACCAACUGUUUAUAGAAAAAGUGAAGAAGGAGGAUGGGGGCAUAUAUCAGUGUGCUGCAAGUAACAUAGCAGGGAAAAAGGCAUCUAUCGAGGUCAACUUACGUGUGAAUGAUUUAGGUAAUAAAAUCAUGGAUUUAGCUUUUGUGUGACACAGAGGUCUCUAUCUUGCCUUCUUAGCUGUAUUUAUUUAAACUAAUGUUUCGACACAGACAUCAACAUUCUACAAAGUUUGAUCAAAUAGAUGCAUUAAGAGUAAGAAUAAAAGAAAAUAGGCUCAAUUGUGACGGCAACUUCGAUAGUCUCAGGCACUUCUAAAGUCUGUCUUAAUUAUGUUCUUUGUGUCUGACCACCAUGGUUACUUCCCUAUAUAAACGCGUCUAUUAACUCUCUGUCCUUGUGAAAACUUAUCAAAUUGUUAGAAGGGACUUCCCCUGUGCCCUAUAUGGGCAGAAUUUCCUGAUUAGAAGUUGGUGAUUUAAAAAGAGCUGAAAAGAAGCAAAUCCAGAUCUGAAAUCUGAAUCACGAACACUGGCAAGAAGGACUGGAUUGUCAAUUUUUCAGCUGACUGCGAUCGCUUUCGUGGUAUCUGCAUCUGUUUUUGCAGUUGGUGCAUUUUUGUGAGAUCGACGUCUUUUAAACGUAUUCUCAAAAACUCUGUUUCCCCAUUUAUAUGAAAAGGGCUCGUCACGCAAUUUGAUGCUCCAGCCCCUGAAAACCUAUUGGCUUCAAACAGAAAUAACAGUAAUUACACAUAAUUAGAUGACACUUUUUGCUUCCUUUAGUUAGCAUGGGCCUUCAACCAUUUAAAUCACUGCUAGUCUCUUUGACUUUGUAUUUAACUACUUCCUAUUUGCCUCUCACAGAUCAGCAAGUCCAUAUCCAUGAGCCUCCUCCAAAAGUCAGAGAGUCAAUCAGUGGUCUAAUUGUACUGGCAAGCGAGGGGUGCAGCUACCGCCUCUCUGUUGGGAGAAAGAAAAGGAAAUCUAGUCUGACACGAAUAAAACAGCUCUGCUAGUUAUAGGAAGACGACCAGAAGCGUUUGAAGCGUUAGUUUUUACAACCCACUAAAUCAAAUGAGUCACACAAAUGACAGAAUAAAUUUUGUAAACGACCAAAUCAGUGCGUUACGCCUUUGACCCCUAAGAGUGACUUACAUCUUAAUUUUGUGUUACCAAAUGAGUCGGUAACGUAAAUUGGCCACUGCAAAGAGUUUUAAAGCUUACGCUUCGAGCGUAAGUCCUCUGUUAGCCCUCUGUUAGCCCUUCGUUAGCCCUUCGUUAGCCCUUCGUUAGCCCUUCGUUAGCCCUUCGUUAGCCCUUCGUUAGCCCUUCGUCAUUUUCUGUGGCGAAGUACUUACCCUCAAAACGUCAUCUUUGAAACUCUCAAGUCAACGGUGGCCAACUUACGUUCUCAACUCAGUUGGUAAUACUAAAUUGCCUUAUCAAGAUUACAACCGACCAAAUAAGUGCAAACAACGGACAGAAAAGUCAAGCUAUUUAUUUUUUACAACAGACAGUGUAACCAAGCUAAUUAUUUAUUACAACUGACAGAGUAUUAUGAUAGCAACCAAUCGAAUAAGUCAAUACCAACUUCUUACUAACCGAGUGUGAGGGCUGUACUAAGGAGUAUUGGUCAUAGGUUAGCAAGUAGUUUGUUAGCUUUCGUGAACAAAAAUACACGGCCUAUGACCGUUUCCGUGUCAUAUGAUAAAACAAGCUACUGGAGUGAUGUCUACAUUUUAGCAAAUAUAAAGUAUAAACUAGCUAAUUUUUGCAGCUGACUAAAACGAAGUGUGUGCAGCUGACUAAAACGAAGUGUGGACAGCUGACAGAGUAAAAUUUCCAAGUGACUGUAUAAGUCUGCACAACAAACCAGAUAAUAUUUCAAUAACGGCAAGUUGCGGAGUGAUAUUGAGAGAAAGAUAUGAGAGAAACUGACCGAGUGAUGUUCACACUUGACCGCACAAGUGUAAACGAAUGACUGAGUUAUAUCUACUAAAGACCACCAAAAGGGUUAUUAAAAAAUGUAGGAUCUCUUUGUAUGUCAAGCAUCGAUUUUACUAAGACUACGAAAGGAAGAAAACAGACGGGAGAACGUUUAGUCUUUAGUAACAACCAUGAUAAGAGCGACAUCAUUCUGAAUUCUGCAAAGUUACUUCAUUCCAGACUUCUGCCCUUAAGGCAUAAAAAACGGUCAGUGAUAUCAGGAUUAGACACUUGAUCUCUUUAAUCUUUCCCGUUAAGCAAGAAAGUAACGAAAGAUGAGCCGAGCCUAAGAUUUCAUCAUUCUUGCUGACUAAAAGAUGAAAUAUUCCUGCUAUGAUAAGCUGGGUUAUUAAGUAUUGUUCGAGCCCACACUCCGGUUCCUCCUCUAGAAACAACGGCGGAAAUCAUGCCUAACCCCAGACGAAAGUGAAACACGCGAAUCACAAAGCCAUGCCACAUAAAUUGGUUUUUUUGUAUGUUUGUUUGUUUCUUUGUUGUUUUUUCAAGAAAAUAAAACUAAGAUAUUUUUAGCGGGAGAAAUUAUCUAGCUUCUUGUUGGGCUGUUUUGAUGUUGAAAUGUCCCGGAAGUCGACCACUGUCAUAAAGAACUUCCCCAUAAUGUUCUCCAUCUCUUUUGGACCUUUUUAUGUCUUUAAUUGAAUUACGAGCACUUUAAGGGUUUUAAUUCACUUCCGUUUUGUAGUCGGGUCAAAUUGAUUUAUUCCGGCAAAUUAACAGACAGUAACAAGACAUUUGCACGCAAAAGUCCUAACCUUAUGUGUAAUCUCUGAUCUUUAGUAUUUCAUGUAAAUUCUCUAUGAAAAACGUAAUCUUCGCGUGGGUAGCACUUUGAUGAACUUAAUAGCACACUUAAGAAAAUAUGUCUACUCGUGCGCUCAAGGAUGAUGUUCAUAAAAAGAAAGAGUGAAGCAGUUGCUACAUAUUUAUGAAUUGUAGGUCUAGUUUAUGUGAGAGGAAACGACCUCGGAAAAAAAUUCCCAACUUGUAUGGAGUGUUAUCAUGGAACGAAAAAUGGAGCAAUUAUUACUACCCUUAUUACCCUUGUGUGUUUUUUUUGUCAGGAAGAAAUAAUAUUAUUUAGCUCAAGUUAUCCAAACUUCUGUCUGCUAACAAUUGCCCUUGGACAAUCACAUCAGGUGAUUUUUGGACCCUAAACCCUUCAGUCGAGGUAUCAGAAUAACAAUGCAGCUGAUUAAGUAUCUUUCUAACAAUUAGACAAGUGUUUAGCUAUUAAAAGGAAUUAACACCCACUUUAAGCAUAACUCUGGAAAGUUCAACAUCACAAAACUCCUGGCGGUGGCGUAUUCGUGAUGACAAGAAAUUAUAAACUGAGAUAACUUUUUCCUUAUGACCCAGUUUAUAAUCCCGCGGUAACGAUUAAUGUCAAAUUAUCAAGCAGAGGAAAUGAUGUGGGAGAACUCAAUCAAAUAAUAACUAUUGCUAAUUAUUAAAUACCAGCAAUAUAUAUAUUUUUCAAUGUAACACAACAUAGGUAUUCGAUUAUCAGCACAACAGUCAACAAGAGCACUUUCUUGUGACUUUUAAUACGAAAUAUUCUUUCGACAAUAGCCGACAAUGCACAACUUCUUGGUUAUGGUCAGAGUUUCAAACGCUAAUUGAUUGUAGGGAUCAAAUUGAGAUAAAUUUUUCUUGUAAGAUGUUUCAUUCUUCCGACCGGUAAUUCGUCAAAGCCACUGCCCCAAAUUCUGCCCCACUUAAGCGCAUCGCCCACGGAAAGGUGUGUGGUCGACCCAGACAAUUCUGAAUACUCUUUCACUGAGUUGGGAUGUUUACCAGGUUCGUACACCCCCAUAAAUAGCUUUUUCAGUAAUGGCCUAAAUAGCCAAUCAAUUCCAAUCCAGACUAUAAAUGACGGUGUUUCUUCAGUCUGUCACUGUUACAUGUUAUAACCUUUCGUUGCUUAAAGCAAGAGAGAGCUUCACAUUAUAUAAGAUGAAUUCCCUUUUCAGAGUUUCCAAUUGGCUGUUCGGGCCAAUACUGUUGGUGAUUCUAAUCUCAUCUUCAGCGUGUACAUGUAAGUAAGAUUACCUUCUUACACCAUAGUGAUGAAGAGCUAAAUUACCACUAGUUCGAUUUCUCUGCAUCAAUUUCAUCAGUUGCAGGCAGUUGUGUAGACAAGUCAUACUGUGCGAGGUUGCGUACUAAAACUUAGGCAAAUCAAAAUUGACUCAAAGACAAUCGUCACACACAGGCAUUUGGAUGUGGUCGACGGAAGUCAGAUUCCUUUCUCAUCUACGAUCCUCGGCUUUUUUAUUUCCAUUCUGCUCAUUUACGUGCAACUUUGUUGACGAAACUUUCGUAUUUUUAUUCAACAGUUAAAAAUUGUGCUGAGCUGCACAAAUCGUGUCAGAGAAUCAAUGGUAUUUAUACAAUCAAACCUGACAACUCACAAGCCUUUGAUGUAUACUGUGACCAGACAACAGACGGUGGAGGCUGGACAGUGUUCCAGAGAAGAUUAACUGGUUCCGUUGAUUUCAACCGCAGUUGGGCUGACUACAAACAUGGUUUUGGAAGUUUCCUCGAUGGUGAAUUUUGGCUUGGACUGGAUAAGAUCCUCCGGCUGACUAAAAAGAAUAAAAACAACAGGCUUAGAGUGGAUCUGGGGGUCGAUUCUAAAACAAUUGUUUACGCUGAAUAUAAAUGGUUUGGAAUUGCGAACGAAACGGCUGAGUACCAGCUGAACAUUGGCAAUUUGGCAAGUAAGUCAAUAAAAGCAACAAUUAAUGACAAGUAGCUUCGUUGCAUGACAAUAAAUGAAACAGUGAAGCAAAAGGAUACGACCCUCUGGGGAAAAAGAAAAAGAAAAUGAUUGUAGUAUCUAUCAGUCGACAGAAAAAACGAUUGAGAUCUCUUACUCUCGGGACUUGACUGGUUUUCCCGGUCUUGAAAUCAAAGUUAGAGGCUAAAGAAGAUGAAUUUGGUCCAUCGAGUAUCAACAAAAUGACUACACUGAACAGCUCAGUUAUAGCCGUCUAAGUUAGCCUCAUAUGAGCUUUUUAACAAUAAAUCACCUCGACUAUUUUUUCUUGUAUACGUUUUCGUCUAGACUAAGCACUUUGUGAGCAUAUUACCGCAUGUAUAUAUGCGUGUUACACUAAUGAAUAGAUUUCGUGUAGUAUGUCCUUUAACGAGUCCCUGACUCAGCAAAGGGUCUGAAAAUCUGACCUGUAAUGCAAGUAUUAAAGCUCAAUGUCGCAAUGCUCAGAUUCACGUUUUUCUUUUCACUUUUUUUACUCACUCAUCUUCUCGAGAUAAAAAAAUCUUUUUUCCCAUUUUUUUUUCAUCUUAACAAAAAUUGCGCAAAAGUUUCAAGUAAUUUAUGAGUGGAUCGUACUUUUUUAACAGGUGCGACUGUCAAGGAUUCUCUCCGUGAUCAUAAUGGCUCAAAGUUUAGAACCUGGGAUCAAAAGCAUUCCAGCUGGUGGUUCCCGGAAGACUGUAUUAUUCGUUCAAAUCUAAACGGAAUUUAUGAAAGCAAAGAAAACGGAAAAAUUCAUUGGGGAAAAUUAGAUCUUGACGAUCCUACUCGCACUCCCAAAACAACAGAAAUGAAAAUCAGACCUGCAGACUUC